CGAGCGCGGCCGGAAGUGGCUCCGGGGGCGGCGGCGGCGCCCGGUGUGGCCAUGGAGGAGCACUCCCCCUUUGCCCAGGUGAUCCCUCACCUGUCCGAGGAGGAGGAGGAGGAGCAGCCAGGUGAGGAGGAAGAAGGGACAGGUGAGGAGGAGGAGGGGCCAGGUGAGGAAGGAACAGGUGAAGAACCAGGUGAGGAGGAGGAUCCAGGUGAGGAGGAAGAUCCAGGUGAUGAUGAAGACCCAGGUGAUGAUGAAGACCCAGGUGACGAAGAUGCAGGUGAAGAUCCAGGUGAUGAUGACGAUGAUGAUGACGAUGACGAUGAAGAAGACCCAGGUGACGAAGAGCAGCGCCACCAGCCAGGUGCGUCCUCUCCAGGUGACCCCUCCACCUCCCACCUCCGCCGGCCCCGCCUUUACCUGCGGCCACGCCCACCCCCGGCUGAGCCCGGCCCCUCCCACCUGCAGCCGCCCUGGGCCCACCCAGGUGCGCCGGGGCUCGAGGCCGCCUCACCUGAGCCAGGUGAGGCCACGCCGGGCUUCGUGCAGCUCAUCGACGAGCGCGGCGUCUACUCCACCGCCAAGCUGGUGCUGGGCGGCCGCUCGGGCGCGCCAGGUGCGCCAGGUGAGGAUGAGGAGGAGGAGCAAACCCCGCCGGGCGAGGAGGAGGAUGAGGAAGAGGAGGAGGAAGAGCUGCCUGCUCACCUGGAGAUCCGCCAGGUGAUCGUGGCCGAGAAGCCCUUCCAGUGCCCCGUGUGCCACAAAGCUUUCAAGCGCACCUGGGAGCUGCUGAGCCACCAGGUGGUGCACACGGAGGCGCGGCCCUACACCUGCCACCUGUGCCGCGCCACCUUCAAGCGCCACUCGGACUUCAAGAGCCACGGGCUGGUGCACACGGAGGAGCGGCCGCACAGGUGCGACCUGUGCGGGAAGCGCUUCAAGCGCUCCUCCAACCUGCAGGAGCACCGCCGCAUCCACAGCGGCGAGCGCCCCUUCGCCUGCCCCAGGUGCGCCAAAGGCUUCAAAACGCCCUACGAGCGCCAGCGCCACGCCCUGACGCACCUGGCGGCCGACAAGCCCUUCAGGUGCGGCGACUGCGGCAAGGAUUUCCCGGCGGCCAACGCGCUGCUGCUGCACCGGCGGCACAGGUGCCAGGACAAGCCGCACACCUGCGGGGUCUGCGGCAAGCGCUUCACCUACGGCCACUCGCUGAAGGUGCACGAGCGCGUGCACACGGGCGACCGCCCCUUCAGGUGCGCGCUCUGCGGCAAGGCCUUCAAGCAGAGCAACGCGCUGGCCUCGCACGAGCGCGUGCACACGGGCGAGCGCCCCUUCGCCUGCCGCACCUGCGGCAAGGCCUUCAAGCAGUCGUCCUACCUGGCCAUCCACCAGCGGGCGCACACGGGCGAGCGGCCGUACGGCUGCGAGGCGUGCGGGAAGGCCUUCGCCCGGCCCUCGCUGCUGCUGCAGCACCGGCGCGUGCACAGCCAGGCC